UGAGCCAGCAGUGAAUGUAAUCAAAGGAGUGCAGGGUGGUUCUGGAACGCACACAAGCAGGACUUCCUCCUGGGAGCUGGGCUGCCUGGCCAUGCUCUGGGCGCUCUGGCCAAGGUGGCUGGCAGGCAAGGGGGAUGCCCCUCCUGGGUUCAGUGCUGCUGCGGAAGAGAGAGAAGAGGGGACUUCAUUGGAGGCAGUGGCGGUGGGAGACCCACCCAUACUAUGACCUCCAGGUGAAGGUGCUGAUGGCCAGAAAUAUCCGGGGCGCAGACCUGUUGUCCAAAGCUGACUGCUACGUGCAACUGUGGCUGCCCACGGCGUCCCCCAGCCCUGCCCAGACGAGGGUGGUGGCCAACUGCAGUGACCCCGAGUGGAAUGAGACCUUCAACUACCGGAUCCAUGGUGCUGUGAAGAACGUCCUGGAGCUCACCCUCUAUGACAAGGACGUCCUGGACAGCAACAAGCUCUCCCUGCUGCUGUUUGACCUGAGUAGCCUCCAGCCUGGUCAACCCUACAGACACACCUUUCCACUCAGCCAGGAUUCACAAGAGCUGCGGGUGGAAUUUGUUUUGAAGAACAGCCAGGUGCCCGCGUCUGAGGUCAUCACCAAUGGGGUCCUGGUGGCUCAGCCCUGCCUGAGAAUCCAGGGCACCCUCGGGGGACAUGGGACAGCCCCACAUCAAGAGUAUGGCUCCAGGCAGAUUCGGCUGGCGGUGCCUGGGGCCUAUGAAAAGCCACAGCUCUUGCCCCUGCGGCCUCCCGUGGAUUCAGGCCUCCCAGCAACAUUUACCUUCCACGUGAACCCAGUGCUCAGCUCCAGGCUGGAUGUGGAGCUGAGAGAGAAGCUCAUGGUCCUGCAGAGUGGCUCGAGUGCUGGGCUGGAGGCCCAGCCCAGCCAGCUGGGCGAGGGGCACAUCCUGCCGUCCUCUCUGGCCCUAGGCCGGGAACAGCAGCGCUUGGUGGCCCUGGGCGAGGGCGAGGAGGUGGCUGUGAAUGUGAAGGCAGACAUGAGCUCUGGGGACCUUGACCUGCGUCUUGGCUUUGACCUCUGUGAUGGGGAACAGGAGUUUCUGGACAAGAGGAAGCAGAUCGUGUCCAGGGCCCUACAGCAGGUGCUGGGAUUGAGCCAGGCUCCCGACAGCACCCAGGUGCCUGUGGUGGCUGUGCUGGGUUCAGGAGGUGGAACCAGAGCCAUGUCUUCCCUGUAUGGCAGCCUGGCAGGACUACAGGAGCUUGGCCUCCUGGACACUGUGACCUAUCUGAGCGGUGUCUCUGGGUCCACCUGGUGCAUCUCCACACUCUAUAAGGACCCAGCCUGGUCCCAGGUGCCCUUGCAGGGCCCCACUGAACGUGCCAAGGCUCGGGUCUGCAGCAGUAAGAUGGGGGCAAUGUCCACGGAGCGCCUACAGUAUUAUGCCCAGGAACUGGGAAUCCGGGAAAGCAGUGGGCAAAGCGUUUCGCUCAUCGACCUCUGGGGCCUUCUCAUUGAAUAUUUCUUGUACCAGGAGGAAAAUCCUGCCAAGCUGUCUGACCAGCAGGAGGCGAUCAGCCAGGGCCAGAACCCUUAUCCCAUCUACGCCAGCAUCAAUGUCCACACCAACAUCAGUGGGGAAGACUUUGCAGAGUGGUGCGAGUUCACCCCCUAUGAGGUCGGCUUCCCCAAGUAUGGUGCUUACGUUCCCACUGAGCUCUUUGGCUCAGAGUUCUUCAUGGGGCAACUGCUGCAGCACUGGCCGGAGCCCCGGAUCUGCUACCUGCAGGGUAUGUGGGGCAGCGCCUUUGCCGCCAGCCUAGAUGAGAUCUUCCUGAAGACCGCUGGCUGGGGCUUUGGCUUCCUCAACUGGCGCAGAGGCAGCAUAAACAUCACAGACGACUGCCAGAAUCUCCAGCUACACGAUCCUGCGCGGCUGCGAACAAGGCUCUUCACCCCCCUGGGGCCCUUCUCCCAGGCUGUGCUGGACAUAUUCACCUCCCGCUUUACCUCCGCCAAGAACUUGAACUUUACCCGGGGCCUCUGCAUGCACAAGGACUAUGUGGCUGGCAGGGAGUUCGUGGCCUGGAAAGACACGCACCUGGACGCCUUGCCUAACCAGCUCACUCCCAUGAGGGACUACCUGUACCUGGUGGAUGCAGGCUUUGCCAUCAACUCUCCGUUCCCACUGAGCCUGCUGCCACAGAGAGCUGUGGACCUUGUUCUGUCCUUCGACUGCUCCCUGGACGCCCCCUUUGAGGUCUUGCAGAUGACAGAGAAAUACUGCUUGGACCGCGGCAUCUCCUUCCCCAGGAUUGAGGUGCUCCCUGAGGACUUGAAGGAACCCCGCGAGUGCUACCUGUUUGCUGAGGCCGAGGACCCGCGCUCACCCAUCGUGCUGCACUUCCCGCUGGUCAACCAGACUUUCCGCACACACCUGGCCCCAGGUGUGGAGCGACAAACAGCUGAGGAGAAGGCCUGUGGGAACUUUGUCAUCAACGGGCCAGACACCCCCUAUGGCAUGAUGAACUUCACCUAUGAGCCCCAGGAGUUCGAGCGGCUGGUGGCCCUGAGUCGAUACAAUGUUCUGAACAAUGUGGAGACUGUGAGGCAGGCCCUCCGGCUGGCUCUAGACCGGCGGCAGGGGGUGGACAGGGCUGGAGGCUGACCCAGGCUGAAUUUGGAGGACUGUGACAGAAAGGAGGGGCCAUGGGCUCCAGACCAGGGCUUGGUGGAGGGAGGAGUGGUGGAUCCUGUGGGGUUUCUGCUUCGCAUACUGUUGGCACCUGCCUCGAGAUCCCCCUGGCCCUGGAAAUCUACAGGGUAGAGGCUGGACUUGGGGCAGGAGGCUUCUCACACGUGUUUCUGGGAGGAGGUGGGGUGGUAUGUCUCACCAGGGGCUCUUGAGGGUGUGGGACAGAAGUGAGCAGGGCUCAUUGGACAUUGGAGUGUGUGGAGGGAACAGUCUAGCCUCAGGGCCCACCCCAAACACAGAGGGACCUCAGGGGCCCACUCAGAGAAUGGGUGCUGUGAGAGCUGAGGUGCAGGUUACUGUCCUUAAACUGAGACGAGAAGCCUAGAUGCAUCCACCCAACCCCCACUUCCUGCAGAUGGCCCCAGCCCUGACCACCCCUCCCCUCCCCAGCUCCUGGAUGCAGGCUGGGCUGUCGGGAAUAAAGGGGGAUCACGUGGAUUGCCAGUCUGGGUUACUAACUCCAUCGUCCUGCCUGCUAACUCCCCUUUGCCUCUGGCCUCCCCUGCCCGCCCCCACCACCCGUCUCUGCUCAGCCUCCUGAAGGCUGCAGGACAAUAUCCCGUGCUGGCUGGGAUUGUGGUAGUUACUCAUCUUCACUCUUUAAACUUGAGCCACAUUCUCUGGUCAGGAGUACAGCUGCCACCUUGUACAAAUAGUCUCACCAUUCCCAGAAGCACAAUGGGUGUGUCUAGAGGGUGCGGAGUGAAUGGGAGCCUGCAUGUGUGUGCGUGUUCCCGGUCAGGGUGGGCCCACAAGCACCUGUCAGCUGGCCGGGGAUGGGCAGUGGUAGAGGGAGCCUGGCUGGGAGCUCCUG